AUGGAACUCUGCAUUGCCAACAUUGCAAAGCGAGAGAGAAAUAGAGGUGCAAAGCAGCUUGAUGCGCUGAUGAAAGAAUUGGCAGUUCCUUUGAGGACUUACAUGGAGAAUUUUCCAAAGAGACAUACUGUUCAUCCAUAUGAGCGAUCUCUUAUUGAAUUGACUCUUGGAGAUGGAAAUUAUCAUUAUAUUAUAUCAAGAAUUAUUGUUAUAAGGUGUUUAUGUGCUGAGACGAACUUCAAAGAAACUUUUUUGGCAACAGUUUGCAAGAGGUCUAUAUUGAGAUGCAUUUCUUUGGCGCAAUACUAGACAACAUUGGUAGUUGAAGUUUUUAGAAUAAAAAAUAUAUUUCACUAACUUUGUAUACAUUUCUUGUUUAAUAUUUGGUGAUAAUAGAAAUUGAUUGUAGUAUAAACUAUCAUGUAAUAUGAUUUUGUAAGCCGAGUAGACUAAAUAUUGAAAUUAUAUUUUUGAGUAAUUAAUAAAAAAUUAUUUUGUUGUAUUUUCUUUUGAAAUUUUAGAAAUCUAACAUAUAUAAUAUAUUUUGGAC